GUCGCAGCUCCAGCCUCCAAGCAGUUCCAAAUCGGAUUCGGUGUGAUCCGGUACCUGCGGGUACGUCCCCUUUAGGAUUAGGGUUUAUCGUUAUCGUGUGACAUAGUACUGUCACACUUUAUUUAGUCCCGCUGUCCUCCGGGUAUUCCGAUCCAACGUCUCUUGACGCAGUACAUGGCACCGAAUCAGUCAUGCGCUAAAUACCAGUACGUCGUUACAUCCUCCAUCCCAAAGAUAGUACCGGUUCCCGACCAGGAACCCAAGGAUGAAGAGUCACCAGCUGACUACAACGCUGGCGGGUAUUUGGUCAUUCAAAUCAAUGAUACAUUCAAAGACGGUCGAUAUAUCGUAGCACGUAAACUAGGCUGGGGCCAUUUUUCAACUGUCUGGCUUGUCAAGGAUAAUCACGAGAACUGCUACUCCGCUCUCAAAGUAGUCAAGUCUGCUACACGUUAUACUGAGACCGCACACGAUGAAAUCAAACUCCUGUCCCAGGUAGCUGCUGCAAAUCCGCACCAUCCUGGUCGACCGCACGUUGUUUCGUUCCUCGACUCGUUUCAUCAUCGCGCCCCCCAGGAUACUCACGUGUGCAUUGUAUUUGAGCCCCUCGGAGAGACUCUUCUCGCGUUGAUUCAACGUAACAAGAAGAAGGGCGUUCCCAAACCCCUCGUCAAGGUCAUCGCAAAGCAAGUGCUUCUCGGCCUUCAAUAUCUUCAUGAUGAAUGCGAUCUCGUUCAUACUGAUAUUAAACCUGAGAACAUUCUCAUUUCCAUACCGGAUAUCGAAGCUUUCAUCCAUGCCGAAUUGUCUACUUCGCUAAAGCCAACGUCGUAUAAUGUAGGAGUUCCUCAACCCACCAAGUCCCGUUCUGGAAUGACCAUUCCCUAUCGACAUGCACCUGCACACGAGAGACACGUGCAAAUAUUCGAUUCACAGCCAUUAUCAAGUCCAUCGUCGAGAUGCGGAAGUAUCAGUGCGAGUGCGAGUAGCCACAAUUUCCAUAAGCAUUUUUCUGGGACCACUCCGGUCAGCGGUGCACCCAUCAACCAGCUGCUUAGGAAGUCUGCUAGAGCGGAACCUGCUCCCAUCCCUCACGAUCCGCCACCAAUACCUUCCAGUAGCCCUUUCACUCCGUCUACCAUCUCGUCUACAUUAUCCAUGCCAGCGGUUUCUACUAGUGCUGUCAGCACGCCCUCUACCUCGGUGGGAAGUGCAGAUAUACCCAUUCUGACAAAAAUGGCGUCUAUUGCACUCGUGAGCGGCUCGCCGGAUUCCAAGUUCAUAUUGCAUCUCGAUACGGAAAGUGUGAUGGCCUCCGAGGAAAAGCAGGUAUCCACUUCUCCCCUCAUUCAGUCGCACACUUCUUUGGAGAUACACCACAUUACAUCCGUGCCAUCGCUUUUGACACAAACUGCUCCUCGUCAAUCUUCCUCCCCGUCUCUCGACGGAGUGUCGUCGUCCCCUUCUUCACGGGCACCCGUUUCAGGACCGCCAUCCACGCUACUUUCCACGCCGAUCUUUAUCAAGAUUGCCGAUUUAGGCAACGCAACCCCUUCUAAGCAGCAUUUUACAGAGGAUAUUCAGACACGACAAUAUCGCGCUCCGGAGGCUAUUCUUGGACGCCGUGACUGGGGCACAAGAGCCGACGUUUGGAGCGUUGCUUGUGUCGUUUUUGAGUUGUUGACCGCGGAAUAUCUGUUUGACCCUCAUGGACAAGGAGAGAUGUUCUCCAAGGACGACGACCACAUGGCGCAGAUCAUUGAAUUAAUGGGUGAUUUCCCACUAGACGCGAAAAUUGGAGGAAGGUAUAGUCGUGAAAUAUUUGAUCACACAGGGGCACUUCGUUACAUCAAAACACUGAAGCCGUGGCCUUUAAACCGUGUCAUGACAGAAAAAUACCUUUUCUCUACUUCGGAAGCAGACGAUUUAUGUGCCUUUCUUGAACCCAUGCUUGCGGUCGAUCAACGGGAACGCAAGGAGGUCCGUGAUAUGGUUGACCAUCAAUGGUUAGAUGUGAAGGACGAAGAGUGGGCAGGCGUCGACGGAUGGUAACGAACCUCAUAUUUUGCAUGUCUUCCCGACGCUGCCAUUUUUAUGGGCUUUCUGUGUCUGGACUUUGGGCUGUCUGCAGCAUCUUAUUUUUUCGCCCUUCCUUAACAGUGUUUAUCCCUCGUGGCUACACGAUAGACAUAUACAAUGACCUCUCACGAUUUAGAUUUUGACACCUUUAUUGUAAUUAAACUUCGCGGUCCAUACAACGGUACAUGUAUUGCAUAUUCUCAAGUCAUUAUAGAGACACGUUUUUUUGAGUCGCCAGUAGUGUAUGCCUAUUAUCC